CACACUACAAGAACUCAAGAAGCAAUAAAACCCCGCCUGACCGCGCAGCCGUCUCUACUCUCUCCUUUCUCUCAUCUGAGCUUUGCCGCCAAACAUCUUCACUCCAAGGUUCUAAAGAUGAAGAUUAAAAAAUCAAGUAAGAAGCGGGUAGCAAAGGAGCUCGAUAGUCCUGCAAUUAAAGAGAAGAUUGAAAUUGGUCAUGGAGAGGCUGCAGAUGGAGUCCUCAUUGAUCAGGAUUUGAGUGAACCAACCAUGGGAGAACUUGCUAGUUUGAAUAUAGUUUCUGAUAAUAGAGUGGAGACCCAAAAUAGAGAAAGCUCUUCUCUCCAGGCAAAACCUCCGAGUGCAGACUCUGUACAUAUUUUGCUUAAGCAAGCACUACAUGCUGAUGACCGUGCCCUUCUAUUAGAGUGUUUAUACACCCAAGAUGAGAAGGUCAUUGAAAAGUCUGUCUCUCAAUUAAAUCCAGCUGGUGUUUUGAAGCUCUUACAAUCUCUCAUAUCUCUCGUAGAGUCAAGGGGUGCAAUUUUGGCAUGUGCGCUUCCAUGGUUGAGAAGUCUACUUCUUCAACAUGCAAGUGGGAUAGUGUCUCAAGAAUCUUCAUUAAGUGCCUUGAAUUCGUUAUAUCAGCUCAUUGAGUCCAGAGUCUCCACUUUUUCAUCUGCUCUUCAACUAUCAAGUGUCGUAGACUUGCUGUAUACAGGGGUUGUUGAUGAUUUGGAUGAUGAGAAUGGCACUACGGGGCCAGUUAUUUAUGAAGACAAAGAUAGUGAUGAAGAGGAAUCUGAGGACGCCAUGGAAACUGAUGAAGAUGAUGAAGACGGUGAGGAUUUGGAUGCAAAUCUUGGUGGUGUCAGCGACUUUGCAGGAAUUGAAGGACUUGAUGACUUGAGCGAUUGAUUUAAACCUUUAUGAUGCAAUUUUGUUGUAUUAACUUUUCAGCAAAUUGUACCCAACUGCUUUACCAAUCACAUGGCAUUUAUAUAGACGAACAUAAUCAUCUUUUUAGUUUA